AUGGUAGCAUCACUGUGAGAAAUGGAUAUGUAUGAAGGAAAGAGAUUGUGGGGGUCAAGGGAGAGAAGAAAAGUUUGCUUUUAGGAAAGUUUGAAGUUAUGAACAUUCAGGAUAGAGUGAAAAUGCCUCGUGUGAAAACAUCACAAUCUGCAAAAAAAGGUCAUACACGCAGAAAGCUAGCAGAACAGUUUGCAGUAGGGGAAGUUUUCAUUGAUGUGACCAAAAAGGAAUGGAAAGUAGGACAGCCCAUUGGCCAAGGUGGUUUUGGUUGCAUAUAUCUUGCUGAUACCAAUUCUUCAAAAUCAGUUGGCAGUGAUGCCCCCUGUGUUAUAAAAGUGGAACCAAGCGAUAAUGGACCUCUUUUUACAGAAUUAAAGUUCUACCAGAGAGCUGCGAAACCAGAGCUAAUUCAAAAGUGGAUUCGUUCCCAUAAACUGAAGUACCUGGGUGUUCCUAAAUAUUGGGGUACUGGACUACAUGACAAAAAUGGAAACAGUUAUAGGUUUAUGGUAAUGGAUCGCUUUGGGAGUGAUCUUCAGAAGUUGUAUGAAGCUAAUGCCAAAAGAUUUUCGCGGAAAAGUGUUUUGCUGCUAAGCUUAAGAAUACUGGAUAUUCUGGAAUAUAUCCAUGAGCAUGAAUAUGUACAUGGUGAUAUCAAAGCCUCAAAUCUUCUUCUGAGCUACAAGAAUCCUGACCAGGUAUAUUUAGUAGAUUAUGGCCUCGCUUACCGAUAUUGUCCAGACGGAGUUCAUAAAGAAUACAGAGAAGACCCUAAAAGGUGUCAUGAUGGAACCAUUGAGUAUACAAGUAUUGAUGCGCAUAAGGGUGUGGCACCAUCAAGACGGGGUGACUUGGAAAUAUUAGGUUACUGCAUGAUCCAGUGGCUCAGUGGCCAUCUCCCUUGGGAAGACAAUUUGAAAGAUCCUAACUAUGUCAGAGAUUCCAAAAUCAGCUACCGAGAAAAUAUUGCAAAUUUGAUGGACAAGUGUUUUCCUGAGAAAAAUAAGCCAGAUGAAAUUGCUAAAUAUAUGGAAGAAGUGAAAUUAUUGGGCUACGCAGAAAAACCUCAUUAUCAGAAUUUACGAGAAAUUCUUUUGCAAGGGCUAAAGGCUACAGGAAAUAAGGAUGAUGGCAAACUGGACUUGUGUAUCUUGGAAAAUGGAGAUUUGCUAACAAAAAUAGGACUAAAGAAGCGAAAGAAAGAGAUGGAGGAAAGCAUAGAAUCAGGUGCUGAAGAUAUGGAAAUCUCACAUCAAAAUAUAUUGGAGGGACCUCAAACUCGUUCAAGAACCAGAAAGAGAGUCCUGAAGUAGAAUGAAUACAAUAAGCCCAUAUAAAGAAUUUGCUUCAUUUCUCCUUUUUUCAAUAAUGCUUCUUUUCUCCUUUCUUGUGUUGUGUUUAAUUUCCAUGUGAAUCUUGGGAGGAAGGGUGGUGGAAAUAUUUUAAAAUCCUUUUAUGUUUGAAGAGUGUUUAAAGAUUUUUAUUAAAUAAAUACUUCAUAUAACUUGUUAUGCUUUAAAGUCCAAUUUAUGAAUGUUCAAAUAAUAUUGUCAUCAUUGAGUUUUGUGACAUCCUGAAAAUUUUUAAAUUUCUGAAGUUAAAUGUUAGCAGGUGUUAUUAAAAAAAAAACAAAAAAACGAAAACCUGUAUAAGCAGUUUGAGGCUUUGGAAACUAUACAGGGAGAAAUUUUCAAUAUAUUUAGAUAAGUUGGAGAAAAAAAUAAAUAUUCCAUAUGCACUUAA